GCGCGUGCGCGCGAGCUCGCCGGGGAGGUGGUGGAGCGCAAGACUGCGGCGCCUGUAUCUUCUGCUCCGCCCCCUCCUCCUCUGCCGUCGCUCCUGCCGCCGAGACCCGGAGGGAGGGAGCGGCGUCCCCGCCCGCCGCGCCGCCAGUCCGACUCUCGGUCCCGCCGUGUGAGGAGCCCGCCGAACGGAGCUCUGUGCAGAGACCCGAGCCGCGGCCGUCUCUCUGCAGGUGCCUAUUAGGAGGCGCCCGGGCCGCAACCGCGUCCCGAGCCCGCCGGCCGCGCGCUCGCUCCCUGCGCUCCCGACGGGCGGCGGGGUCUGCGGAGGCCGCCGCGGGGUCCGGCCUCAGUAUGAACCGCAGCCACCGGCACGGGGCGGGCAGCGGCUGCCUGGGCACCAUGGAGGUGAAAAGCAAGUUUGGAGCUGAGUUUCGCCGGUUUUCACUGGAAAGAUCAAAACCUGGAAAAUUUGAAGAAUUUUAUGGAUUACUGCAACAUGUUCAUAAGAUACCCAACGUUGAUGUUUUAGUAGGCUACGCAGACAUCCAUGGAGAUUUAUUGCCCAUAAACAACGAUGAUAAUUACCACAAAGCUGUUUCAACAGCCAAUCCACUGCUUAGGAUUUUUAUACAAAAAAAGGAAGAAGCAGACUACAGUGCCUUUGGUACAGACACACUAAUAAAGAAGAAGAAUGUUUUAACCAAUGUGUUGCGCCCUGACAACCAUAGAAAAAAGCCACAUAUAGUCAUUAGUAUGCCCCAGGACUUCAGACCUGUGUCUUCUAUUAUAGAUGUGGAUAUUCUCCCAGAAACCCAUCGUAGGGUUCGUCUUUACAAAUAUGGCACUGAGAAACCCCUAGGAUUCUACAUCCGGGAUGGCUCCAGUGUGAGGGUAACGCCACAUGGCUUAGAGAAGGUCCCAGGGAUCUUUAUAUCCAGACUUGUCCCAGGAGGUCUGGCUCAAAGCACAGGACUAUUAGCUGUUAAUGAUGAAGUUUUAGAAGUUAAUGGCAUAGAAGUGUCAGGAAAGAGUCUUGAUCAAGUAACAGAUAUGAUGAUUGCAAACAGCCGCAACCUCAUCAUAACUGUGAGACCAGCAAACCAGAGGAAUAACAUUGUUAGGACCAGCCGGACUUCUGGCAGCUCUGGCCAGUCUACUGAUAACAGCCUGGUUGGCUAUCCACAGCAGAUGGAGCCCAGCUUUGAGCCAGAGGAUGAAGACAGUGAUGAAGAUGACAUUAUUAUUGAAGACAAUGGAGUGCCACAGCAGAUUCCUAAAGCUGUUCGUAAUACUGAGAGCCUGGAAUCACUAACACAGAUAGAACUCAAUUUUGAGUCUGGACAAAAUGGUUUCAUUCCUUCUAAUGAAGUGAUCUUAGCACCCAAAGCAAGUGGCACAAAUACAGAAUUUGAAAUGCAUGCUCCAGAUCAGAAACUCUUAGAAGAAGAUGGAACAAUCAUAACACUAUGAAACCAUUGUUUGAACUGUUCUGAGUGAAGGAUGUGACCGGGACUUGUAAAUGUGGCUAGUUUAAAGCAUAUAUACCUCUGAGCCAGGGACUUGGAAUAGGCAUGAGAAAAAUAAUAUUGAAGCUUAAAAUGUUAUUAUAAUAGUAAUUGAUAAUUGUUAAUAUACACCUUGGUGGGUCAGAGGUGGAUUUAAGUCUAAAAGGGGCCUUUGCUAAUGAAGUUCCAUGCUUUUGCUAUUUUGUCUCUAGAGAACUAGAUGUUAGAGCACAUUCUCAGCGCUGUAUGAGAGGACUAGAUCAUUUCUGUUUGAAGUGGUUGCAUAUUUGACCUGCUGUGCAGAGCCCAGUUAAUUGUUCUUUUCACUGUAUUUUUAAAAAUUCUACUGUGAAGAAGUCUGAUUCUAUCUUGUACCCUGGGGAUCUCAGCUCCUAUGUUCCAUAUUUUAUUUUGAUUUCUUAAUUGUUAUUCUCCUGUUGCUAAUUGUAACAAUUUUUUCAAAUGCUUUUUUCCCCCUCAUUUCUAAGAGUUCGAGCCAGUUGACUAUUUUUAGAAAAUUGCUUCUUAUGUUAUAAAGCAUUGAGCUAUAUUCUGGACUUAAGAAACUGUAACAGCUGCCCAGGUUCAUGUUUGUCCAUCCUAUAGCUUUCAUAUUUACACAGUCACUCUAUUUGAGUGUAAGUUAUGUUGUAAAAGGCAAUUCCAUCAACUCCAGUAAUAUGGGAGACUCCCCUCCCUUAACCUCUUCUCAUUCAUUCCCAGUCUCAACCUCACUGGAAAUCAUUGCUUUUGUUUGUGUGUUUUAUUUGUGUGCUUCUUCUACUCUUUUAACGUAUUCGAGUAGUGUGAAUCAUGUUGGAUAAGAAACGCACCCAAAUUAAGAGAUUUUUACACACAGGACACACUUGUGCACUUUUUAUAUGAAAAACUUGGGUUUUCCUUAAUGGGAUUUCUAGGAACACUGCUUACACUUUAUGAAAAAUAUAUAGUGUUCACCUUUGACAGGUAGGAUUUAUUGCUAGUAAUUUUCUGAGGCUAUUUAUUACUUUCCAGUGCAUCCACUUAGACCAAGCUAAGAGUAAGGCUGCUGACUUUCAUUCUUGCCUGAUCUCAUUGUGGGCCCAGGCACUACAGUAUGCUUGUGUAUAGAAACUAAGAAGCUAGUGAGUCCAUAAGUUCCCUAUGGCUUAUGGAUGUUUCUCUCAGAGUUAUUUAUUGAUUAAUUUUAUGGUAGGGCUAGUACAGAUACCUUUAUAUAACAAUAUGUGCUGUUAAAACAAUGAAGAAUUAAAUGACUCCGUUUUGAAGGAUAUUUUCUCUAUAUGGUAAAAAUAUAUGAAGUACAAUCUUGAUUCAGUGAAGAUCACGACUCAGAAUACUUUAAUGUAUUUUGUUCACAUUACCACUAAGCAUAUUAUCACUAAACUAUUAACUGCACAACAUUAUGUAACACAAUGUGCUUUCUGUUGAAUUCUCCAAAGUUCUUCCACUUAGAUACUACAAUUAUUUUAAUGGCAUUCCAGCUUUAACAUUCUGUGAGUUCUAUAAAUUUGACUCUUGAAUGACAAUAAUAUUAACAUGUAGAAAGUAAAAAUUCAUUUAUAUUAUAAGCGGUGCAGGGGUUCAACAUUUUAAGUACAAAUACUUUUCACACACUACCUCUCUCUCUUUUAUUUUUAACAAAGUUUUAACAUCAGAACUUUCCUCUUAGGGGAAAAAUACUUCAGGGCUUGACUUUUUGUACAAAUUUUAACUGUAAAAUACAGAUUUGUAUGUAUUCAUGAAAAUGGAAAUCAGAGCUGCUAAUGCUUUUUAUUUUAAUUACCCUGCAAAAGUGUAAUGUCAGUGGUGUUUUCAACUAGAUUUCUCAUUUAAAUUAUUGGUGAAAUAAUUGAUUACUAGACAUUAUAAAACCAAUAGAUCUUGGUUAUACAAUAGAAUGUCAAUUCAUUGUUAGUCUGAAUCAGUUAUUUCAAGUGUACCUUAUCAAAAAUACCAGUGUAUUCAGCAUAAAAUUUUAUGGUACUGAAUGUCAAGCCUAACUGUGAAUUUCUGUAUCUUAAAUUUAUGAUAAUGUUCUCAUGAGCUAUCAACAAAAUAUUAUGUACUUUUGUGAACUAUGAAUUUUCUAAUUAAAUUUUACAUGUGACAA